AUGGAUAAGGCUGCUAUUCCUUCUAAGGCGCUUGGUGUUGUCGGUCAUCAAGAAGAUGCUUUUGGGAACAUAAGUUAUAUUUGUGCCUUCGACCGCAGAGGAAGAACAGAAAGAAUUUUGGAUGAAGAACAUGCCAGACAACUUUUUCCUGAGACAUUGAAAGCUUAUAAGCAUGUAGUGGGGCUGAACAUCCGACAUGUGUGGGACUAUGCCUAUCGUCUCCCAAGUUUAACUGAUGGUUUUCCAUCUCGAAUGAUUUCGACCGAAGAAUAUGAAGUGGAUGAAAUAGUUUCUCAUCGAUAUUUUAAUGGAGUUUUACUCUUAUGCGUUCGUUGGGUCGGUUUUACAACAUGUACGGAACAGUUUGAAGAAGAUUUCACAGGUUCUCAAGAGACACUGUUGGAGUACAAAAAACAGAAUAAUCUACUAUAG